UAAAUACGGUUCCCGGCCGUCCUCUUUCCCCAAUCCUCGAACCGCACCGACGUCCCAAAUUAACCCUAGCCGGCGGCGUCAUGGAGGUGGGCGGCAACUCUCAGGCCGGCGGCGUCAUGGAGGUGGGCGGCAACUCUCAGGCCGGCGGCGUCAUGGAGGUGGGCGGCAACUCUCAGGCCGGCGACGCCAUGGAGGUGGGCGGCAACUCUCAGGCCGGCGGCCCCAUGGAGGUGGGCGGCAACUCUCAGGCCGGCGACGCCAUGGAGGUGGGCGGCAACUCUCAGGCCGGCGGCCCCAUGGAGGUGGGCGGCAACUCUCAGGCCGGCGACGCCAUGGAGGUGGGCGGCAACUCUCAGGCCGGCGGCCCCAUGGAGGUGGGCGGCAACUCUCAGGCCGGCGACGCCAUGGAGGUGGGCGGCAACUCUCAGGCCGGCGGCCCCAUGGAGGUGGGCGGCAACUCUCAGGCCGGCGACGCCAUGGAGGUGGGCGGCAACUCUCAGGCCGGCGGCCCCAUGGAGGUGGGCGGCAACUCUCAGGCCGGCGACGCCAUGGAGGUGGGCGGCAACUCUCAGGCCGGCGGCCCCAUGGAGGUGGGCGGCAACUCUCAGGCCCGCGGCGAGAGCACGUCCCAGAUCAGCGACGACGACGAGAUCGUCAUCUACUGCGCGUUCUCCGAGCCCGAGGCCGACUCCGACUCCGACGCGCCGCGCCCCAGGCCCGACUACAACAAGCCCAUCCAGUUCGUCCCCGCUCGCAUGGUGUUCCAGGAGCCGGACGGAGAGACGAAGUAUGUGCUGGAGCGGGCGGACGCCAUGGCCGAGCGCCGCCGCCAGCGUCAGGCGGCCGACGCGGCAGCCGGGAUCGUCAGGCGGCCCAAGAUCACCAUCCGCCGCGCCUUCGCCGGGGCUCCGCGCCUCAAGGGACCCCAGAUCCCACCUCUCCUCCGCCGGAUCAAGAAGCGCCUGGCAGUGCCAGAUCAACCCAGUACUCUCUGAAUUACUACUUUCAAAAGAUUAAUCGGGAUUCAGCUAGCUAGCUAAUACAGUACUGUUCUCAAAGACAGGCGUAGCUGUCGAUUCAGCCGUUUAUCAGCAGUUAACUUUGUUGUUGGAUAAAUAGCAGAACUCCAACUUGGAAUAUAAAUUGUGGAACUUGAUUUUGGUGCAAUACAAUUCAUAACUCCAACCUGGAAUAUAAAUUGUGGAACUUAAUUUUGGUACGAUUCAUAACUCUGAUUAAUUCAUCAUGUAAUCUAAACAAAAAGUGUUACUAGCGUGUUUUUGUGAUCUAGUAUAACAAUAUAUUAUAGCUGCUAAGCUACGGCCCCUCCCGUGCAAUCCCAGUGAUUUGAGUAGUUGGUCCUUCUGCCUGCCACGUGUUGGCAUCAUUUUUCUAAUUAUUAGCUUUUAUUUUACUGCCCCUGAUGAAUUACCGCUGAAGCCAACGAAGAGUCCAGACCUAUCCCGCUACCCACCUCUUUCUUUGGCCUGCUCCGUAUUUUUCUCGCAGGGGAUUAGAGAGAAGCAACGAGAGAGACGGAGAGAAAGGGAAUCGUGUCGAUCCUUCGCUGCCAGCACCGCCAGUCCGUCGCCGCUGGCUGUCACCCUAGCCCUCCCCGCCCCACCACGGAGCCACAUAUAUUUUCCCUAUCCUCUAUCUCUUCUCCGUACAUGAAUGGAUGACCAAGGCGGCGGCACACAACACAAUCAUGUCGGUGGCGACGCCGUCGCGGCGUCCUCUUCUGCUCUGCUGCUGCGUAAUGGCAGCGGCAGAUUCUCCUGGUGCGCGUGCGCAAUGGUUAAGUUGAUGGGGCUGUAGCGCCAGGGCGGAGAGAAACCGAUUUGGGGGUGUGGUUUGGGCCGAAGCCACGGGGCGCAGGAGCGAGUGCAGCCGGAGCUGUCCAUCGGCGGCGGCGGCGCGACCGCGGCCUUCCUGGGGAUUGGUGUGGGCACAUCUUUUCCUCCCUUCUUAUGUUGAUCUGAUCCAUUUUUUGCCCCUCCUCUCAGUUUGGCAGGCGGGUCGAGGCCUCUUGCAACGUCAGCCUACAGUGCCACCAUGGCCAUGGGCAGGAAGAGCGGGAUUGCAUUUGGAGUGCACACAUAGUCCAGAGCGGGGUGGCAUGGAUAACACGUUCUUCCUAUGCGGCUGACUACAGCAGCGGCAACAGAGGUCGUGUGUGAAUCAGUCAAUGAUGCCUUUUCCCCUAAAAAACAUUUGCGAUUGCUUCUACUAUCUCGAUACGAUUGGAUUUUUGGUCUCCUUUUAAUGCUUGAUGUUUGGAUACCUGAUACUCUUAUGUGAUAAUUUUAUAUAUGUGAGUAAUUUGAUUAUCAUCAUCAUGUAAUCCUCGGGAAAUAGACUGACAAUUUUCCCAUCUUCCUAUGAACUUCUGAAUCAUCCACAUAUUGUUGCUGCUAUGUUAAUAGUUUGGAUUAUACUACCUUUUUCUGUGUCAUGUGAUUUCCUUCAGAUUAGUUAUAUCAUAAAUUCAUAAUUGUCCAGAAGGUUACCAAUCUAUUAACAAAUGAUGCCUUGCUAUCAUUGGAACUGAGGAUAGUUCAAGGUUACGGUGAUAUCUUCUUAACUUACAUGGUUUAUGUGUUGAAUCUCAUCUAAGCAGUCAUGUAGCUUGCACAAAGUCAUGUAGCAACUGGUGUGCUUGGUCUAUUGGGCUCACUGGAAAUAUGAUUGCCGUUAUGAUCUCCUAUUUUAUGAUCUCCAGUCUCUUACAUAUCCUCUGGAUGCAGACAUAUUGUGUACCUGAAAGCCAUCUAUGAGCUAGGCUGAUUUUUGUGUACUCAUGGAUGAACUAAUGCAUAUCCUCUUGAUGCAAACACAUUUGAUGUAUCGAUGGAGGGAUCACGCUCUGGGUAGAGAAGCCAAUCAUAUCUUUGUUUGUCGGCGUUCUACUACAUGUUACAUGUGUUGACCGCUGACUAUAUGAUGCGGUUGAUGGUAAUCCACCAAUUCAGUUGGUAUGUCAGUGCUUAAAGCCGGUGGAACUCUUUAGAUUAGAAGUAAUUUUGGUAAAUCUAAAUUUAUAUGUUUUGAUACCUAUAAGAGUUUGGUUCAGAUGUUGCUUCAUGAUAUGUUGUUCUGUGCUCGAGGAACUGGAAUUUUACAAAAAAAACACCAGAAAGGAAACAGAGUACCGAUCCAUGAUAACAAUAAUUGUCUGAUGGUACCUCAUGUCAAUCUAUAUCAAUAUCCUUCUUAUGUUGUUAGCAUGGUCAUGUUGGCGACGGCAGAAACCUGUUGUGCUGACGGUCAAGGUGGAUAUUGUUCUACCAAAUGCAGCUGAAGUUAACAUUAUUAAUCCAUCCCUGUCGCAUGGCGAUGCUCACAGUCAACGUGUGUACUGUAUGCUUCUAAGAUUUUGGUCUUUUAUAUAUGGUUAUUUGAUUUAAUUCCUGCAAAUAGUUCUAGAUCUUCACCUUAUGAUUUUAAUGAUCUUGAGUCUAUUUUUCAAGUGGUCGCCAUGUGAUUUAAGAUAAAGCUACUGUUUUGAUAUAAACAUGUAUCGCUGCACCUACUCUGUUUCCUGUCCAUUGUCGUGUGUACACUUCCUCCAUACUUCCACUCAGAACCAGUAACGCAGAAGGUAAGCUUUAAUUUUGUCAAGUUUGGAAUCUUGCAAAUUAAUGCAUCAUGAUUUUAAUUCUUUAAGUAUUCUAGCAUAUAUAGAAUUAUGUUCUUGACUAUUUCCUAUUUGUUGUUUGUUAACCUGAACUUGGUCUCUUGGAGUCAUUAACUAGGAAAACUUUAGCUAGAUUCGAUAGAGUUUUGUUUUUCAUUUGAUAGUUCCAUUCCAGUUUGUUGAAGAUUGAUCAUCCAUGUAGUCAUGCUUUAUAAGUGUUUGGGGUUGGUCUGCUAGAUCAUGUGUGUUCAUCUGUUCACAAUAUAGGUUUAAUUACGGCAAAAGGCGGGAGAAGUUAGAUUAUUAUUUUUAGCAUUUUCUCAUGGUUCAAAUUUCUAUGUGGGCUAGAGAUGGGCAUAUUGUCCAACGCCAUGGUCGUGCACUUCAUGGCUUCAGUGCACUCAACCGCCCUGGCAGGCUCCAAUGUCGCGCCCUGUAACUAUACCUCUGGUGAAGCGUCAGGGAUCUGCCACCGAGUGUAUCUAUUCCUCAGUUUCUCAACAAUAUAGCAUAACGUUGAUUUGGCUAAUUUAAUUCACAUAUGGAGAUUGCUUUGAUUAUAUUGCACUCUUAGGUUUGUCUAUAAAUGGAUGUAUCUAAAUACAAAAACUUGACUAGAUACAUUCAUAUCUAGACAAAUCUAAGACAAAUUUUUUGGGACGGAGGGAGUACGUGAUACAGACUUGCCCAUGUGAGAUUGUGGUAGAUUUAUUAGAGUGGUACUUUCUCUGCCUUUACUCCACCAAGUGGCAGAAAAGUUUAUUCCAGUGAGCAAAAAAUGCAUAUCUAAUUUCAAAGAAGAUAGUGUAUCUGAGCUUAAUGCCUUUUGUAAGGAAGAUGAUUAAUAUUGUAGUGCCUCUUUAUUUCAAAUUGUACAAGGCAUAUACUGCAUUGUCCCAUUGUUAUAGAUCUGCUUACAAUAAUUUGUUCAGCUGGGGUCAUUUCUUCAACAAAAAAUUGCGCCCCCUGUUAUUUUUUGAAAAGGAGGAAACGCGCCCCCUGUUUAAUGGCAGAAAUUUGGAAUGUAUAACAUUUCCUUUUCAGAAUGGCAGUACUACCAUGCUUUAUACCAAAUAUAUUUGUUAAUUACAUCAUUGUUUUAUUCAGCUGCGUUCUUGGCCUCAGCUUCUUGAACAACCUAUAAUUGACGGGAGCAUGUGAAAAGUUGUGGAUUUUUUUCUUCAGUCUCUGCAAUUAGCCCUUGGUGAUGACGACUGACAAAGAUGUAUUCAAGGCAAGCUAUGGCUGACUAUGAGCACGAGCGACACCAGGGGAGCUAGACGGACAGUUAUGUCGCAUGAAAGCAAAAGGCCAUCUAGAUUUCUUCAACAAUCAUGCCACAAGGCCACCAUGGAUACAUAAUGCAAACCACUACUUUUUCUACCUUUUCUAAAAAAAGUCACAACUACGUCUGACUUACUAUACAUAGUACUUCCAUGCUCUAGAACUCAUAACAGCAAGAAGAUAAGCUACACUUUGUUUGAGAAAAUAUCUUACUUUAUUGAUCAAGGUUAAUUUAUAGUAAGUGCCUCAUGGAUA